AUGUAUGGUACAGGUGUGUGCAGUCCAGACGAGGUCAAUGCAAAUGAAUCAGAAAAGGAUUUUAGAAUGGAUAUUAGCCCGGGAGGUACGAAAUAUUGGUAUACAGAAUGCGACUGUAGUCUGAAACCAUAUGAAGGUCAAAUGUUUAACACACUAGAAGAUGGAAUCAAAUUUUAUACAAUGUAUGCCAAAACAAUCGGAUUUGAUGUGCGUCGAAGUUCGGAUAAAAAGAACGAUUUUGGUAUUGUUUUGAAAAAGGAUGUUGUGUGUUCGAGGCAAGGUUUUAAGGAGGAUAGGGGCAAAGAAACAUUGGGUGAAGGAGGGGGGUCACAGAAGAAGAGAAGGCGGACCACUAAUAGAGUUGGUUGCGGGGCAAGGAUCGUAAUGAAGAUAGUCCCCGACGGGAGAUAUAAGGUACACAAAUUUGAAGAAAGACACACACAUUGCCUGUGCGAGGAAAGUCAGAAACCACUUAUGAAAGUGAAUUGCAAAAUAGAGAUUGCACACCAAGAAUUCAUUACCAAGUGCGAAAAAGCAAACGUUGGUGCAAGUAAAAGCUUUGACAUAUAUGCCGAGAUCGUAGAGGGUCCGGAGAAUGUUGGUGCGACGCAACAUGACUUCAAGAAUUACAGAAGAGAGCUAUUAGCGUACAUGAAGUGGGGAGAUGUGCAAAUGGUUAUAUCAAAUUAUCUUGAGCAGAAAACAGAUUGUGCUGACAUGUACUUCGAGUUCGAAGUGAACGCAAAUGAUCAAUUGUCUCGUGUAUUCUGGGCGGAUGGUAUGGCAAGGAAAAACUAUGGUGCGUUUGGUGAUGUGGUAUCCUUUGAUGCAACAUACAAAACAAAUAGGUGCCACCUUGUGUUUGUUCCAUUCACAGGAGUAGACAACCACAAACAAUGUGUGACGUUUGCAGCGGCCCUGAUUGAUAAGGAGGACGUGGAGUCGUACAGUUGGGUAUUAAACCACUUCAAGAAUGCAAUGGGGACUGCUCCACCUAUAGUAAUAACCGAUCAAGACCCUGCUAUGAAAAUUGCAAUUGCAGAUGUGUUUCGCGGUAGUCGUCACCGUUACUGA